AUGGAUUAUGGGCAAUUUGGUGAUGUUGUCACUUUCGACACUACUUACAAGUUUAAUAGUGCACAUAGACCAUUUGCGUCUUUCGUUGGAUUUAACCAUCAUAGGGAAAUUGUUAUAUUUGGCGCAGCUUUGAUGUAUGAUGAGACUGCUGAUUCUUUUAUAUGGCUUUUUAGAAGAUUCUUGGAGGCAAUGUCAAGUAAGGCUCCGAAAAUAAUUUUUACGGAUCAGGAUGUUGCAAUGGCUAAGGCCAUACCUAUUGUCAUGCCUAACACAAAACACCGCCUUGGUACUUGGCAUUUGAUGCAAAAUGCAUUAAGGCAUGCAAAUUCUAUCUUCAAGGAUAAGGAGGUGAGGGAUAAGGGGAUGGAGAGUGUUUUAUCCAAAUUUAUGUACGACAUUGAGGAUGAGGAUGAUUUUACGUUAAAAUGGGAGGAAAUGCUUGACAAGUAUGAAGUGCGAGAUAAUCAUUGGUUGAAGUUAACAUAUGGAGUCAAGGAAAAAUGGGGUUGGCCAUAUGUUAGAAAUGCAUGGGGUGCGGGUAUGAGUAGCACCCAACUUAGUGAAUCCUUUAAUGCAUUCUUGAAGGAUUUCAUUCAGUGUGAUCAUAACUUAAUGCAAUUUUUCAUGCAUUUUGAUCGAGUUCUUUGUGAGAAGAGGUACAAAGAGUUACAAGUCGAAUAUACUCUAUGCCAUAAGUUGCCGAGGGUGAAUAUUAAAGUGAAGAUUAUGGAGCAAGCUGCAGAUGUUUACACAAAUAAAAUUUAUGAAGAAUUUCAAGAUGAGUAUGUCAAGUCCCUUGAAGUAAACAUUGAAGAAACUGAAAUUUGUGGUGAGAGUACCAUUUAUACGGUUCUUGAUAGUGAUGGUGUAAAGGUGAGGAAGGUGACAGUGGAGUGUGAUGGUUCACUCACUUGCAAUUGUAGGAAAUUUGAAAUGAAAGGCAUUUUGUGUAGUCAUUGUUUGAAGAUCGUUAGAGAAAUCCUCAAAUUCAAAGAGAUUCCUUCCCAAUAUAUUCUCAAUAGAUGGACUAAAAAAGCAAGAGCUGAAAAUGUGAAAGAUAGGUGUGGGCAUGAUAUUAAGGUUGAUUUAAGAUUGCAUCAAACUUCACGCUUUAGAUCAUUGAUGGCAAUUUUCAAAGCAGUAGCGUGUAGAGCUUCCGAAAGUGAGGAAACAUAUAACUUGACGGUAGAGAAAGCGGAUGACUUAAUUGCAAACAUUGAAAGCAUGUUAAGCGCAAAAUUUAAUAUGCCUUUCUCAGAUACUAUUGAACAUGAAAGCCCUCCUGACACAUGCCUCGAAAGCUUUGAAGUGGAUGGUGUAGUGGAUACAAAUGUAGUUCAAGCAAAAGGACUCAAACGAAGAGAGUGCACUAGCAAGGGACGAAGGCAGACAAAAGGUGGUUUGGAGCUUGCGUUGGCAAAGAAAAAUAAAACAAGUUCACAUAAUGCUUCUCAAACUCCCAUGUUUGUUGUUCCUCAACCUAGUUCACACAAUGCUUCUCAAACUCCCAUGUCUGUUGCUCCUCAACCUCCUCCUUUAUUUUUGGCGAGUGCUCCUGAGCCAUCUCCCUCAUUUUCACCGAGUAUUCCUCAAUCAGCUCCUUUAUUUUCAAUAAGUUCUCCUCAACUUCCUCCAUUCUCGACGUGUGUUCCUCAAGUUAAUGCUUCAUCUACUCAAUUUAUGUAUCCCGCCUAUGAUGUACUAUAUGGGCAUGGGCGUGGUCGUGGGCGUGGCCCAGGCCAUGGGAAUGUGGAUCACACGUCAAUAUCGUAG